AUGUAUAUUGAUGAUUAUCAAGAAUUUGUAUAUGGUUCUACAAGAUAUUAUGUCCAAAUACAAUUUGAUCAACCAUAUUAUUUUAGCUCAGAUAAAUUAUCAGUAUAUAUAACAAUAUAUUAUAAUAAAAAUAAAAAUCUAAUUAAUACAUUACCAAAAGAAUAUAUAUCUAAACCUGAAUAUAUUGUAAAAGAAUUAUCAGAUGAUUACUUUUUAGAUUAUGGUGCAAUACAACUAUAUGGUUAUACAACAAAUAAUAUAAAUCAUUUUAAUUUAGAUCAUUAUAAUGGAAAUUAUAAUAUAUUAAACAAAUUAUUUGGUUAUAAAUUAAAUUUAGAAAAAAAUAAUCAAAUAAAUACAAGAAUUAUAUUUGUAAGUAAUCCAUAUGUUUUUAUUAGUAAUUUAAAUCUAAAUAAAAAAUAUGAUAAAAUAGGUCCAUUUUAUUAUUCUUGUAUAAUUCCACCAUUCUUACCACCAUCAUUUAAUGGUCAAUAUAAAAAAUAUGGUUAUUUCUUAUUAUUAACUUUUGGAACACAUAAAAAUUCAAAUAAUAAUAUUAAUUGUUUAGGGUCAAAAAUACAAAAAAGAUUACGUUUUGAUAUUAAAUUAUUUGGAUCAUAUCCUACAUUAGUAAAUUGUUUAUUAUCCUUUUCUAAUAUAUUUAAAUUCUCUUAUCCAAUUACUAGUCCAAAUAAACAAAAUAAAAAUUUAUAUUUAGAAAAUAAUCAAGAUAAUAUAAUUCAUCAAUAUAAAUAUAAUUAUUAUAAUAAUGAAUAUUUUCAUUAUUAUCAAGAUUUUCAAUUAUGUAAAAAACAAUUUAUUAAAAAUCUUGAAAAACAAUAUCAAAAUAAAAUUAUUAAUUAUAAAGAAAUCUUAUUAAAUAAUUCGUCUAAUUUAAAAUUAAGAUUUUUUGAACCAUUAGCACAAACAAUUGAUAUACAAAGUAAAUUAUUAAAUUUACCAAAAUCAAUAUUAGAAUUAUAUUGGCAGAAUAAUUUGGAAAUAAUGAAACUUAAUGAUUUUGAAAUAACAAAAGAUCAUUUUAUAUAUAAAAAUAUAUUUUAUAAAAAAAAAAAUGAAAUCUUACAUAUUAAUUAUCAAAAUCAAUUAGUUGCAAUAUGUAAUAUUUCUAAUAUAAAUCAUUGGUAUAAAUAUGAUUCAAUAAAUAUUAGUUUUAAUAUGUUAAAUGCAAGAUGGAAAACGCAAGAAAUACAUAUUUUAAUUAAUAGAAUAGAAGAGGUUAAAUUUAUUAAUAUUGAUCAAAUAAAUAAAUCUACUAAACAAAUUUAUAAUUAUAAAAGAUGUACUUUAUGGGAUAAUUUUUUUCAACAUAAUAUAAAUAUUAAUAAUUUAUCUAUAAUUCCUUCAUUUACAACAGAUGAUAUAAAAGUAUAUUACCAAUUAAUAAUACAUUUUUUUAUAUAUACUAAUAAAGAUUGUAAUAAUAUGGAAUUUCUUCAAAUAGAUAAAUUAAAUAUGAUAGGUAAAUUAACUUGGAUUUCACCUCCAAUAUCAAUUUAUCAAAAUUAUCAAGAUAUAUUUUAUAAUAAAAAAUAUUAUUCUUUUGAAAUAAAUGAUCAAUAUAAAGAAUUUUCUAAUAUAAUAGAAUUAUUUCAAACACCUAGCAAUUCAAUAUUUAAAUUAUUUCCCCUUAAUAAUCUUUUACAAUAUAAAUCAAUAGAAAUGUAA